UUUAAUUUGUUGUUUACUUCUGUUGUAUAUGUUUGUGUAUGUGUGUGUAUGUGUGUGUGUGUGUGUAUGUGACGUUGUUUGAUCAAUAUAAUGGAAGACGAGUUAUUUUGAUUCUCAUGAUCUGCAUGAACGAUAAAAUAAUCGCGAAUUUUUUAAUAACCUGCAAUUAAAAUAAAAUGCAAGUUACGGCGGGAAGAAAAAAUGUGAUGCAUUGUAAGACACACGUGUCACAUGUGAGAGAAGUGAUGGAUGAUCGAUCAAAAAUUAACAAAUUCUUGAUAAUGCGUUAGCGAAUAAUCGUGCGUGUGCAGUGACGUUUGUUUGACGAUCGUUAAACGAUCAGAAAAUCAAUUUACUUGUAAAAAUGGCUGUAGAAUGUAAAACGAUCGGAAUUACGGACGAAGAUGUGUACGAGCAUUUUCGAAGACCGGUCGUGCCGUUCGCGGUACCGAAGAUACGAGUCGCUGAUAGACUUCCGCGCUAUUGGAAGUACAAAGUUCCGAACGAAGUUUCGCGAGAACAAUGUUGCACGGCUUCGUCUAAAUCGGAGCCGCAUAAAAAUGUCCAAACGCAGACAGAUUACAGAGAAAGCGAAGCGCAAACGGAUCCUUGGGAGCCGCCGUACAAAGUUGUUCCAGGUCACAAUCCCGAAAUACUGACACUGGCUCACUUAACUUGGGAGCACGGAUUACCCGCGGGUGUUCACGAGAUACACGUUAUUAACCGAAUGCAAAUAAGAAGAGCCUGGGAAGCGGUUCUCCCGCCGAUGAACACACCGGCCAACGUAAAGCUGCGGAGCUCGAUAAUAACAGCCUUGGAAAUAGAGGAAUGGGCGUUUCGGGAGUCGGAGAUCCAAUUCAUAAUGGACUUGCGAUUGAAUCUGAUGAGAAACCUCCUGCAAAGUCGUGAGUCGGAGCGCGAGAAGAAGGUGCGGGGCCGCUUCAAUCGACUCCAGGAGAAACUGGGAAAGCACAGGGAUGACAAAGUUAAGAAUAUCCGGCAGAAUCUUAAACGAGAUCUGCGGAAAUUGCACAAAAAGUAUCGCGACAUACAUCCCCGCAAACCGGACAUAAUUGAUCAACACAUCGAUCCCAAGUCCGAGUUGUACGCGCCGCAAAUGCGUUUAGGCGAACAUCCUCAGAGGCAACACGAGACAUUGCAGAAGCUGUCUAUGAGAGAAGGUCUAAUCAAGCAAGAAAAGAGAGACGCUCUCUUGAGCUGGUUACCGAAUAUCGAGGAAUCGAAGGCGAUUAAACAGAGGCCCAAACCGAUAGACAUCUGUAUACGAGAAACCAGAUGGACCGAAGAAAAGUUGAAACAACUGCAUUCUGAUUUGAAAACUAUUCGAAUGAACGUCAAACCUUUGGAUGUGAUUCCAACAUUGAUAAAGAGGAAAAUUAAACCGCCGUCUUUGCCUGUCACACCGCGCAGAUCGGACUUGUGGGACAGCAAGCAAAAAGAGUGGGAAGAAUCUGCUACGUUUAUUCAAAAGCUCGUCAGAGGCAGAGCGAUACAGUGUCUGAUGCAUGAAGGACGCGAUAGAUGCAGGGAGUUAAUCGAAGAAUUACAAUCGGCUCAAGAACUCGAGCAAAGUGAAAAAGAACGUUGCGACGAGGAAGUUGCACAUGUGAUCGAUUCGCAGCAAACACAGACGGACGAUCAGUCAAUACGGGAAGAACGUUUAUGCGAAAUUCUCAAUUCUUUGGAAGGGAAGACAGUCUGUGAAAUAUUGGAUUUUCUCAGCAAGGAACUGGUGAGAUUAGAAGAUGAACGUAGAGCUCACGCGUUUGCUUUGCUUGCCGAAAGAGAAAGAAAUAGACGAGAAGCCGCCGAAGCUGGUAGACGGCAAUUGGAACGCAAUCGACGACGGGAAUUCGACGAGAUGUUCAAGCAAGUCGUGAAAGUCAAUCAGGACACAGUGGAAGCAUAUUUGGAGGACAUCAUAAAAGAAGGCAUUGAUUGGAUAUCUAACAAGGCAGCUAAAGAACACGCUUUGGACCUUUGUGAUAAAGUGGAUGCUAUAUCGCAGUGUGCUUUAGAAAAUGCAAAUAAAUUAGCAAAAGAGGAAUUGGUGAAGGAUAUGAUUUACAAUUUUGUUUUACCAAACGUGGAGAAGCACAAUAUGAGAAAAAAAAUUCGUGAUCAUCGACAAAGUUAUACGCAAAGUGCGUACGUAACCGUUUGUGAAAAACUAUUAGAUUUGCCGUCCGUUAAACCAACACAAACUACGGCUCAGGAAAUUUGUAUAAAAAAUGAAGAUAUGCAAACGAUAUGCAUGGCAGCAAACAUAGGGAAAAAUGAGGAACAAGAUACUACAGAAAUAGAAAAAACAACAGAAUCUACGGUUUACACAAUAGCUGACUUAGAAUCAAACAAGGAUUUAUGAAGCACCUUUGUUUAACGGACAUUUUCUCAAUAAUUCUCUACCAAAAAUUAUAAAUUACUUAAGAACUGAUCAAAGUAAUUAUAAAUUACUUUGAUCAGUUCUUAAAAACUUUGAGUUCUUAAAACAAUUAUAAAUUACUUUGAUCAGUUUUUUAAUUCAUAUCAAUUUGAUUGCACUAAAGCAAAUUCUACUUUCUUUGUGUUACAAUAUAAAUUAUUAUAAUUUUUAGGAAUAAUAUUUUCAUAUUAGAAACAACAUUAUGUGUAUGUUCUUCAAAAAUAGUAAAUAUAAUUCUUUUUUUACAAUUACAAAAUGUACUUAUAAACAUGUAAAAAAUAUGUUUAUAGACAAUGUUGCAUUUUAGUGCGUGUAAAAAAAAACAAACAUUAUGAACAGAAUUAAUACUUUUUUAUUAAUCGUUCUGUGAAAAAAUGUGUAUAUAUAUACACACGCGCGCGCGCGCGUCCACGCACAGGUAGACAGUAAACAUCUAAGAAACGAAAAUUUAGUACAAGUAGAAGAAAAAGUUUUCGUUAAAAUCAUACUUUCUUGAGAAAACUUUUUUUAUCGCACUUUUUACAAUUUUGAUUCUUUUGUAAAUGUGUAAUUAAUUAAGA